GAUCCUUGCUAUUCUUACCAAAACCUGACUGAGGCCAACCGAAAGAUCAGUGCCACAGAAAAUGACCCUAGUAUGGAUUUGUGUGAUAAAAGUCUCCGAGAGGGAUGGUAUCGUUUUGUGGGAGCUGCAGGAACAAAAAUGCCAACAACGCGUGUGGAACCAUACCGCUGUGGUACAAACUGGCCAGGCUGGUUGGAUGGUGCUCAUCCUACAGUGGAAGAUGGUGAAGUUCGCAGGAAAAUCUGCUUCAGUGAUCGUCCCUUCGGUUGUAGACACUCAAACAAUAUUUUUGUAAAGAACUGCGGAGCCUACUUCAUCUACAAACUUUAUGGUUCACCUGGUUGCAAUUCACGCUACUGUGGUGCAGACUGA